CCAAAGCCCCGAAGCUCCUGCCUGGGGAUCUCGCUCUGACCUCGGGAGGACGCAGGGGGGUCCCGCGCUCCCUAUGGCCCGGGCUGGGCGUAGCGCUUUCACAGCCCUCCCCUCGUGUCCGGAGAGGCGCGCACUGCGUCUUGUCCCCCGCACCAAUCCCCACCCCGCCUAUAGCUGAGGAGGACCACCGCCCCCGCCCCCACCACCAGGCUGUGAUGGACCGGGGAGGAGAGUGCCUUGCCCAAGGUUGGCGCCGAGCAGGUGCCCAGGCUCAGAUGCCGCCCCCAGCGAUGCACUGCCCGAGACUGGCCCUGGGCCUGGGAUUCUGCCUGCUGCUGGGCAUUGCCCUCUGCUCUCUGUGGGUGUAUGUCGAGAACUGGCUGCUGGUCUCCUACAUCCCCUAUUAUCUCCCCUGCCCAGAGAUCUUCAACAUGAAGCUUCAGUACAAGGAGGAGCCGUCCCAGCCUGUGGCACAGUCACAGUACCCUCAGCCCAAGCUGCUGGAGCAAAAGCCCACAGAGCUACUGACACUCACACCCUGGCUGGCACCCAUCGUCUCCGAGGGAACCUUUAACGCCGAGCUUCUGCGUCACAUCUACCAGCCACUGAACCUGACCAUCGGGCUUACGGCGUUUGCCGUGGGAAACAGGUACACCCACUUCGUCCAGCACUUCCUGGAGUCGGCCGAGCGGUUCUUCAUGCAGGGGUACCGCGUGCACUACUACAUUUUCACUCACGACCCCCAGGCCAUUCCUCGGGUCCCACUGGGCCCCGGCCGCCACCUCAGUGUCAUCCCAGUCCCCGGGCCCUCCCAGUGGGAGGAGGCCUCCAUGCCCCGGAUGGAGGCCAUCAGCGUGCACAUCGCCAAGAGGGCGCACCGGGAGGUGGACUACCUCUUCUGCCUGGAUGUGGACAUGGCAUUCCGAAACCCGUGGGGCCCCGAGACCUUGGGGGACCUUGUGGCUGCCAUCCACCCGGACUACUUCACCGUCCCCCGCCACCAGUUCCCCUAUGAACGCCGGCCUGUCUCCACCGCCUUCGUGGCAGACGGCGAGGGGGACUUCUACUAUGGUGGGGCAGUCUUCGGAGGGCGGGUGGCCAGGGUGUAUGAGUUCACCAGGGGUUGCCACAUGGGCAUCCUGGCAGACAAGGCCAACGGCAUCAUGGCAGCCUGGCAGGAGGAGAGCCACCUGAACCGCCGCUUCCUCUCGCACAAGCCCUCCAAGGUGCUGUCCCCUGAGUACCUCUGGGAUGACAGGAAGCCCCAGCCCCCCAGCCUGAAGCUGAUCCGCUUCUCCACCCUGAACGAGGACACUGCCUGGCUGCGGAGCUGACAGCAGAGGCGGGGCCGCCAUGGACGGGGGAACCCUAGCGAGCACCCAGCUCACCAGAGCCUCCGAGCACCAGGGCCUCACUCCUAAAGCCUUAGGUGGGAUCAGCCCUGUGCCUUCUAACCUCCGCUUCUGCUGGUGGAAUCCAGCGGGAAGACGGGCCUGGAAAGGCCUCUGUCCACUGUGAAGAGCGGUGUCCACGUGGAGGAGAACACAAAGAUCACACUGUCCGAGGCCCAAGGAGGGGAGGCCAGAGGUGGAAGAAGAUGGGGCCUCUGCCAGCCUACGAGCCUUCGGGGCAGCCCCACCGAGCACCCCAAAUCCCCUCUCUGCCACCGGCCCAUUCGUUGCCUGCUGCCCUUGAAGCUGCACUUUCUAACACUCAUAGGAAAGGCAUCCCCACCCCCCUUUUCUCUGGCUGCAGGGGCCCCUGCUGUGUCCCCGCCAGUUCUUCACUCAGGACCCAGAGGAAGCCUUCUAGGCCCUCUGGUUUCCUGUCCUUGCCUCACUCAAGGUGGACGGUCCCCGGCACCAAGCACCUCUUCUGUAAGAGGGUUUGGGCAGCGUUUAAUAAAAAGUAGCGUGUGC